AUGGACAAGAGAAACGAGGUUUCGUGGAACAUCAUGAUUGAUUCUUAUGAAAAGAGUGGAAAGUUUGACAUUGCCUUGAGAAUGUUUUGUGAGAUGCAGGAGGUGCAUGACCCUGAUGGGUACACAAUGCAGAGUGUUGUUAGUGCUUGUGCUGGUUUGGGUGCUUUGUCUUUGGGUUUGUGGGCUCAUGCUUAUGUUUUAAAAAAGUGUGACAAGAAUGUGGCUAGUGAUGUUUUGGUCAACAAUUGCUUGGUGGAUAUGUAUUGCAAAUGUGGGUCAUUGGAAAUUGCAAAGCAAGUCUUUGAAUGCAUGCCUUUAAGAGAUGUGAAUUCAUGGAAUUCAAUGAUCUUGGGUUUCGCAAUGCAUGGUGAGGCCGAGGCUGCAUUGGAGUAUUAUGACCGAAUGGUGAAGGUAGAGAAAGUUAUCCCCAAUUCAAUCACUUUUGUUGGUGUUUUGAGUGCAU